AAAGUACAUUGACCCCGCCGCCCCUCACUCACUGGAAGCUCAGGUAUCACCCAUUGUUUGCAAGUAGAGUCAAGAUGUCACAGAACAUACCUACGCCUUUGGCCUCUUUCUUUGUUAAUAUUUGGUUAUCUGUCCUUCAUUAUCUGUGAUUAAUGAAUUUGUUCGUUAUACCUACUCUACCCAAACUGGACCUCUGUCAGAGAGCUUCUACGUCACUGUCAGGAACAAAGCUCUGAGCUCCCAGCUCCUGUCCCCACUUUCUGGAGAAGCUCAUUUACGCACCGCCAGUCUCAUACCUUCGAUCAUCACCUGAACAAGCAGAGCAUACAAAGACAAUGGCUGACAUCAAAGUGUAUCAGGUCGACGAGCCGUACCUGAAGCUCAACUGCAGCCUCGGCGAAGCUCCUCACUGGGAGGAGAAACACAAUUCCUUACGAUUCGUCGAUUUGAUCAAGCGACAAGUCCACUAUAUCGAUCUUGAGAAGGGUCCGGACUCUCAUAGAGUACAGCAGCUGGUCUUCUCAAUCGGUAUCACAGGCGAUAUCGACGGUGAUGAUGAGCGGUUUGUGUUUGCAGGCAAGCAUGGCUACGGCAUUGUAAACCGAAUUACUGGUGACUGGAAAUACAUCAAGCUUGCAUGGAGUGAUGAGGACUUCAACUCCGGGAAGGAUCAAUGGUUCCGGGCUAAUGAUGGCGGUAUCGAUUCCGAAGGGCGAUUCUGGGCAUCAUGGAUGAACGAUCAACUGAUCAAGCGACCAAGUGCUGAAGCGGUCCUGAUGCGUCUUGACCCUGAUCUAUCUCUCUCGACCCACGUCACGGACCUCACGAUACCGAACGGUACUCGAUGGUCCCCGUCCAACACCACUCUCUAUCUUGCCGACUCUCCGACCGGUCUGAUUUCACAGCACGACUUCGACGCGAAGACAGGUGGUCUCUCCAACGAGCGUCCUUUUUACAAGAUCGAAGACGAUUCACUUCCAGGGGACGCUGUUCCCGACGGGCACUGCAUCGAUGUAGACGGAAACGUGUGGACCGCAGUUCAUGGCCGUGGAAAGGUGCUUCAGAUCAGUCCGGAAGGCAAGUUGCUGGCUGAAAUCAGACUACCGACCAGAUGUGUGACUUGUCCAGUCUUCGUGGGCGACAAUCUGUUUAUAACGAGCAUGAAAGAUGAAUCACCAGAUGAAGGAGAGGGUUGGCAGAGAAGCAAAGAACUGGCUGGAAGUCUGUUCAAAGUGCACGUUGGUACAACUGGAAUUAAGAGCUAUAAAUUCAAGCCGACUGUGGAACUGCCAAAGGUUUGACGGACAUGGUUCGUCUAAGGUGCUUCUUGCGAGUUGCGACACAAGAGACUUUAAUUCGAACAAGGCAUUGGAACCUGCGAGGUCAGG